AUGCUGUUCACUCUCGUCUUGCUUUGCAGCCUCUUGCCCGCCUCACCUCGAGUGACCGCCACCCCGGGUCUCUCCCCCCGAUCAUCCAGCCCCUGUGCCACCGAAUCCCACAUCCCCAGCUUCAACUGCAUCGACUUCACGCCCCCUGACGGCAACCCCACGGCGGUCCACAUCAACUCAGCCGUCAUCCCCUCAUCCACCGAUACCAUCGCCGCCGACGCCGUGCCCUCAGGUGCCCCCUGGGGCUCCACCAAUAACCCCACAGAUAUGUGCGACGACGACACCUUCGUCGACCUAACAGGCUGGGACCCCUCGGGCGCCACCCUCUGCAAAGACUGCGCCACGAUCGAGUCGUACAUGCGCAUGCACAACGGUCGAUUCCAGAUCAACGACCGGCUGCAGCAAAUACAGGAAUGGACACCGCUCAUGUACGGGGGUGGCUGCGCGUUCAUGGUGACUUCGCCGGGGAAGCCCAGCGCGCAGGGGUAUUAUGUUGGGAACACAAAUGUGGCUGAUUUGAUUAAUAUUGGGAUUCGCGUACGGGGGAGGCAGGGCGUGCUGCAGGCUAAUGGGAGUAUGCAUUGUACGAAUGGGAAGGAUAAGGUACCGGUGAAGUUUUGGAUUUUGCACAAGAAUGGGACGAGUGGUUGA